CACACACACACACACACUUUCUGUCAUUCACUUGACUGUUAGUCACCUGAGCUGUCAAACGGCAUAAAUGAUGAACUGAGAACGAGAUGAGACAAGACAUCAUGCUCAGCAGACUAAUACUGCUGUCUGCCCUCUGUAUGGCAACAUCUGCAUCUCUGGGUAAUGCGCAGUGCAAUGCAACACAUUCAAAUGAAACAGGAUCAUGCAGUCUCACUACUGAAAGAACCAGCAAUCAAACUCUGGCCAGCUGUGAUCUGAAUAAUCUGAAAAACUUCAGCUCUCUGAUCUUAAAUGCAGUGGAUGACACUACACACCAUCUACAAUGUAUAUCAAACAGCCCAGCAAGUUUUCCUCAAGAAAAACUUCACAUGCUCCAAAAUGAGCUUGGAAAGAUCAUUGCAUCAACACUAAAUGUUGUGGUUAACCUUGGAGUUUCUUCAAUUGAGGACAUUGCUGACAGUUUUGGUGCUUUACAAACACUGACUACAGAGAAUGUGCAAAACAUGAAGUUUGUUCAAUCAUGGAUCUGUGUCAGGCUUAUUCCAGUCCUCCCUUUCAUUACCACAGAGUUUAUAUCCAACAUGAGCAAGAUAAACUUUUCAUGUGUCAGCUACCAGACAAUAGUCAAAACACUCAGUCAGCAGGUGAAUCUGAUCAAUGGAACAUCAAAGUCCUCCAUCUACACCCAAUUCAUUCAGCCAUUCUUGUCUAGACAACUUUCAGAUCCAGCAUGUCUUUCUAACAUUAUAAGCAGCACUGAAUGGCUUGAGAAAAAUUUUGGUGAAUUCUCAUUCUACGCUACCUUGAAGGAUCUACAAACUCUGAAUGGAAAUUUUUCCAGUGUAAGCAAUCUUUGA